AUGUCGAGCACCGGCGCCCCCCUCGGGCAGACCACUCAGCUCUGGAAGACAUGGGACGAGAAGGCGAAUAAGCACGGGCCGCGAAAGACCGUGUUCUGGGUUUCAGGCGAGCAGUAUCGCGGCGAGUGGGUCGGGAACAAGAAGCAUGGGAAGGGCACGAUGGUGUACAGGAAUGCAGACAAGUACGAGGGUGACUGGGAAGAGGAUUUCCGGUCCGGCCUGGGCGUGUACUGGGUGUACGACAACGGCAGGUACAAGGUCCGGUACAACGGCGUUUGGGCCUCAGAUCUGCCGCACGGCGAGGGUGUGCUCUUCAGCGAGGACGGCGACGUCUACCAGGGCGAGUUCCAGAACGGGAUGAGGCACGGCAAGGGCAAGCAGACCUACGGCGGGCGGGCAGACGGCUUCGGGGGCGACAUCUACGAGGGCUGGUGGGACAACGACAAGCGGCACGGGCGCGGCACCCUUGCGCUGGCCAACGGCGACAUCUUCGAGGGCACGUGGUCGAACGACCAGCGCGAGGGGCCCGGGACGUUCUACUUCAUGUCGGAGAACAAGCGCUACGACGGGGUGUGGAAGGAGGACCGGCCCCGGUGUGGGGAGUACAGCGAGAUCGAGGACACGGGCCCUGGCUCGCGCACCGCGCUGCCCGUCCUGGAGUUGGCCGAGUGGAGAAAGGUGAUCGACAAGGCGCGGGACGGUGUCCUGCGGACGGUCGAGGGAGGGGCCCGGUCCCCCUAG